AUGAAUAACUACAAGGACUUAACGAAUACUGCUGUCGAUCAGAAGAAAUUUUUGGACGAAUGUAUUUUCAUUGUCAAGGAACAGAGCUUUUAUAUGAAACAGGCACUGGAAAAUGGAUCCCUUCGAGAUACUCUGAAGCACGCAUCGAACAUGCUAUGCGAGUUGAGGACAUCACAGCUGUCGCCCAAGUAUUACUACGAAUUGUACAUGCUGAUUUUUAACGAGUUACAACACCUUGAUACCUUCAUAAAUGAUAAAAAGAAACAUAAAAAGAAAUUUAUUGACAUAUAUGAGAGUGUUCAGCACGCAGGAAAUAUAAUUCCACGUCUUUAUUUACUAAUAAUUGUGGGAAGAAACUAUAUAAAAAAUAAGGAUAUUAAAGCAAAAUACAUUUUAAAAGACAUGACAGAAUUGUGUAAGGGUAUACAACAUCCAUUAAGAGGUUUGUUUUUACGAUAUUUUUUAAUUCAGAUGUGUAAGGACAGAAUACCAGAUACAGGUAGCGAAUAUGAAGAAGCGGGUGGUGGAAAUAUAGACGAUGCGUUUGAAUUUUUGUUAGCCAAUUUUUAUGAAAGUAUCAAAUUAUGGAGUAGAAUGAGUGAUAAAGUAAUUGUUAAAUUGCCAACAUCUCAAGAUGAACAAAUAAUAAAUAAUAAUAGAACCAAAAUAUUAAAAGAAAAAAUGGAUGUCAAAAUGUUAGUGGGAUCAAUUCUAGUUCGUAUGUCUCAGUUAGAAGGAAUGACGAGACAAUACUAUAUUGAAAAAUGUCUACCAAAACUGUUACAAAAUUUAUCAACUAUUAAUGAUUCUUUAAUACAACAGUACAUCUUCGAAUCAAUGGUACAAGUCUUCAGUGAUGAAUGUCAUAUAUAUACUCUAGAUAUUUUAUUAAAUGCCGUGCUAAAAAUAAAUAGCUCACUGGAUUUUAAAAGUAUUCUUAUUACAUUAUUAAAAAGAUUGCGAUCCUUUAUUGAAUCCAAUAAGUACGAACUACCAAAAGAAGUGGACAUAUUCAACUUAUUUUAUGAACAUUUAGUAUUGUAUAUAAACAGAACGUUAGAUGCAUAUAGAGAGGAAAAAAAAGGAUCCUACAAUUGGGAUCACAAAGAUGGAUCUGUCUUUCCUUCUAAGGACUCUAAUUCAGAAUUAUACAAUGGAAAAGAAAAAAAAUGCGAUGUCACUCGUGGUAGUGUGGCAAGCACGAUUGGUACAAGCACAGCCAUAUCAGUGGCUACCGGUACCACUCCCAUUAACAUUAAUGAUUUAGGAUCAAAUUGCAAAAUUGUGAAAACUUCAGAUUCGAAAAAUUAUCCGCAUGCUCAUGAUGAUGAACCUCUCGGUAGGGAGAAAAAAAAUAGGAACCCAUCUACUACACACCCUGAUACAAUAUAUCAAAGUGGGGAUAAUUACAAGACACUCAAGUAUGAUGGAAAUUUGAAUAAAACUACACAUUAUCGUUACAGUAAUGAUGAGAAAAGUAAGAGAAAAAAAGGAGAUGACAUAUUUGUAGAAAACAUUGUGAAGAUGUUGCAAGUUAUAUACGAAUUUAUUUUCUUAUGCAUACGCAUUUAUGAUGAUGUGAUUACAAUAAGCAAAUUGUUUCAUCUUCCAUAUACUAUAGUAUCCAAUGUAGAUUUAAAUAAUGACAUAAUAUGUGAACAAGUCAUUAGUAUUAUAGUUCUUCCGUUUAAUUUCUUGGGGUUGAGUGCACUCAAGGGUAAAAAUAUGCUAAUGUUAUUGGAAAGCAUAAACUCUGACAAGUAUAAAAAAAAACUAAGUUUAGACAUUAUAGAUGCCAUUAUUGAGUGUAAAAACAAACCUAUUCUUUAUCAGGAUGUCGAGCAAAUUAUGAAUUACAUAUCUCCAAUUUUUAACGAAAGCGCAAAAAGAAAAAAUAAUCCUAGUGGCGAUAAAGGCCUUAAAGGUGGUAAUGGUGCUAAUCGUACUAACAUUGACAAUAUUGACUGUAUUGACAACAUUGACAGUAUUGACAAUAUUGACUGUAUUGAUAAUGUUGACAAUAAUUCUGGUGCUGGUAUCCAUGAGCGUGGCCUCCACCAUUAUCAUCAAUGGAAAGAAGCGGAUGUGUUCAACCUAGAAAACAGCACUGUCACGUAUGCAGCGAAAAAAAUGUGCAAAUUUUUUCACAUCAUAACAAACACAGAUGACAUUGAAAGCAAGUAUAACAUAUGUAUUCUAUUUCAUAAACAUAUAGAAAAUGGACCAUACCUAGUUCAUUUAUUACCAACAAUAAUAUUUACAAUGCUGAGCAUUGUAACCACCAUCAUUAACUUGAUUCCAAAUCUUGAAAGUAACCCUCAUCAUGGAGGAGAUAUGCAUGGUAAACCGUUCGAGAAAAAGGAACACAUUGAUGAGGAGGAGAUGGGGGAAGAGGAUGAUAAUAUCAUUUUACAAAAUAACAACAAUAACAACAAGGAUCUUGGACGAAAUAAUAACAUAAUGAACAGCUUUGUUGAGAACUAUUCAGAUGGCCAUGAUUUUGAAAAAAAAGUAAUACAAUACAAUAUACAUGUAAAAAACAUCCUGAAAUUCAUCCACACAAAUCUGCUUGCCGUAGCAAAUCAAAUCCCCAUAUUGGCAUUCAAAUUAUUUCUACACAGUGCUGUGAUAAUUAAUAAUUACAACCGAUUUAUUGAAACAUAUCCAUUUCUAUCCUUUGAUAAUUUAGAAGCAAUAUGUUAUGAAUUCAUAACCCAACCAUUAAUCAUUUAUGAGGAAGAUAUAAAUAUGUCAUCUCAACAAUAUAAUUGUAUUGUUUGGAUUGUUGGUAUUUUAUGUUCACACAUUACUUUACUUGAAAAUGAGAAUUAUGAAAAUAUUGCAUUAAAGUUAACUCAACAUGCAAAUAAAUUGCUAAAAAAAAAAGACCAAUGUUUAGGUAUCUUAACAUGUUCACAUUUAUAUUGGGAAAAUAAUAAAUAUAGAAAUAGUGCAAAAACAUUUGAAUGCUUACAAAAGUGCAUAAAAAAUGCAGAAAUUGCUGUCCAAUCAAAUAGUGAUAACAUUGUUCUCUUUCUUUAUAUGUUGCAAAAGUAUAUAUACUACUAUGAAGCGGAAAACAUUGAAAUUACAGAAGAUAAUAUAAAUUAUUUAUUACAAAUUUGUCACGAUCAUUAUUCUAAGGAAAAAUGUGACUCUAAAUUCAAGAAUGAAUAUGUCCAAACUGUAAAAUACAUACAUGAUAAGAAAAUCAGUUCCAAUGCAUUUGCAAAAAUAGCUAUCGACAUCUCCGUUUUACCCUAA